GCCUGAACGCAGCAUUGGUUGCGUGUUUGCGUUUGAACGUUCAGCGCGGAAACGGAACAGCCAUUGUGUUGCUGUUAGCUCAGGUCAACAGCGUCAGCUUAACUCGGCUAAAAUGUCUUAUUCCACACUGGACUAGGGAUGCUUUAUUCCACGUUUAAGUACAUGCCAUUCAUUUAAAGUCUUCGUUGUGGGGAACCCUGUGACAGCAAGAUGCCUAUCAAAGCAUAUUGUACCAUCUGCUCCGACUUCUUCGAUCACUCCAGAGAUGUUGCUGCCAUCCACUGCGGACACACUUUCCACUAUGAAUGUCUUCUCCAGUGGUUUCAGACAGCCCCCACUAAAACCUGUCCACAAUGUCGAAAACAGGUCAGCACCAAACACAUCAUCAACAAACUCUUCUUUGACAUUGGUGGAGAAGAGGAGGGCGACUCAGUAGACCCUGAAAGUUUGCAGAACGAGUUGGCUCGAAUGAAGGUGCUUUUAAGCUCUAAAGAGCGAGACUGGCGGGACAGACAGAAGGUUUUGGACGGUUUGAAGGACACUGUGGACAAGCAGAAGAGAGACCUGGACAGUGUACGGAAAGAUAUUUCGGAAAAGGAGAUGAUCUGUUCUGCCCUCAGAAAACAGAUGGCGUACCUAGAGACACAACGGAAUGAAACCCAGGCUGCAAAGGAGGAAGCCUGCAGACUCCGGACCAGAAUGAAAACCUAUGAAAGCCUGGACGUGUUGCUGCAGGGCCAGAGGUCAGAGGUGGAGUCCAUGAUCACAGAUAUGGGAGUCAGCCAGGCGGCGGUGGAGCAGCUCUCCAUCUACUGCAUCUCGCUCAAAAAAGAGUAUGAUAAUCUGAAAGGAGGCCUGAAGUCUUCUAACGACAUGUGUGAGAAGCUGAAGAGAGAAGUGCUCUCCUCAAACAACAAGUUACAAAAGGCCUCCAUGGAGGUGAAUAAGACCAGAGACGACAUGAUGUCUCUGCAGAAAGAUGUGGCCAAUGCUGACAAAGAGAUCUCUAGUCUAAAGAAGAAGGUAGAGAUUCUUCAGAGGACUCUGAGCACCCCGACGCGGACAAACGAAGCCCUGAGUCGAUUCGUCUUUGAAAGCCCGGCCCCGAUGGAGCUGAAGCAGCCUUGCCUCCGCUACCCUACAGACAGCGAGGACAUCGACCUCAACAUGACUUUCGACAUCACUACGCCCAAUCUGCCAAAGAAACCGCAGUUCCAGUCCAAGAAGAUGCGGCUUGAUCCUCCAGCGUCGACUUUGGCCAAACCCAACAAGAAAAGUUCACCGCUCACCAAGGCUCGAGACGAGGAUGCUUCCAUGGAUUCUUUCUUUAAGAACUCCCUGCUCUUCAGAAAGAAGAUUGCCGGUAGCAUGUUGGACCCUCAGAGGAAGCCAGGAGUUAUGAGAAGUGGAUACGACGGUUUGGGAGGACGUACUAAAUUCAUUCAACCUUCUGCUUUAUCGGAGAUUCGCCCGCUGAUGAAAGCUAAAAGAAAAAAGGUGAGCAGGCCUCAGCCCAAGCUGGCAACCUGCCUGACUAUGGACGGCUUCCUGGAGUAAGAGUUGACUUUUCUUCCCCUGGACGUGGAGUCUGAGAGCUGAUGCUGCUGUGAGAUGAGGCGUGUUUGUGCUGCACUGGCACACAGCCAGCCUGGCACACUGAUGCUGAGAUUUCGUUGACAUCAACAAACGCUGCACAUUUCACUUUUUUGUGUUGAUUGAGACGUAUGUGGAGACUUUGCCCUGCUUUUCUUGUUCACUCUUAAGUCUGUAUGUGUGUGAGGCAAAUGGACUUAUUUGCAAACCACUGGGAUGUCAGUGUUGUUGUUCACAAAGCAUCUGUUGACUUCAGGUAUUUCUAACGCGUAUCAACAUGUGUAAAUACUUUGGAUUUUUAUUUUAUUUUACAUGUUUGUCCACAUGUAGACAAACAAAUAAUAAACAAUUUAUUUUUUA